UCCUGUAAACGUCAUGACGAAAGCGAUAACCAUCAACCAAUCCCAUAUAUCGCUUCUGCGCAUGCCUCUUGCGCUAUUCUGCGCUUCUUGAGCCAUCAACAAAGAUGGCGGCGCCGGUACGGUUCUGGAAGCCGGGUACUGAAGGCCCAGGCGCCAACAUUGCUGAAGAGAGGCAGAGUAAUUCUGAGGUCUCCUCUGUCAUCUAUAACCCACACACCUCUCUCUCCAUAGAGCAUCAGAGGCAGAAACUGCCUGUGUUUAAGCUGAGAAAUCACAUCCUGUACCUGGUGGAGAAUUACCAGACUGUGGUGAUUAUUGGAGAGACGGGAUGUGGGAAAAGCACCCAAAUCCCACAGUAUCUGACAGAGGCCGGAUGGACGGCAGAAGGACGAGUAGUGGGGGUUACCCAACCACGAAGGGUAGCAGCAGUUUCAGUAGCAGGACGUGUGGCAGAGGAGCGCGGAGCUGUGCUUGGGCAUGAGGUUGGCUAUUGCAUACGCUUUGAUGACUGUACCGAUCCACAAGCCACGCGUAUCAAGUUUCUGACAGAUGGGAUGCUUGUUAGAGAAAUGAUGUCUGACCCUCUGCUUACUCGAUACAGCGUGCUCAUUUUAGAUGAAGCCCAUGAACGGACUCUCUACACAGACAUUGCUAUUGGCUUGCUCAAGAAGGUUCAGAAGAAGAGAGGGGACCUUCGCCUUGUGGUAGCAUCUGCAACACUUGAUGCAGAGAAAUUUAAGGCGUUCUUUAACCAGAAUGACACCAGUGAUCCCAGCAGGGACACAUGUGCUAUCCUUACGGUAGAGGGGAGGACGUUUCCUGUGGACAUUUUCUACACACAGAGCCCUGUUCCAGAUUACCUGAAGUCUACAGUGCAAACGGUGAUGAAGAUCCACCAGAGUGACCUUGACGGUGACAUUCUGGCCUUCCUAACUGGCCAAGAGGAAGUGGAGAGUGUGGUGUCCAUGCUUGUAGAACAGGCCCGCAUCCUCUCUCGUACUGGCAUGAAGAAGCACCUGCGUGUGCUUCCCAUGUAUGCAGGACUCCCAACUUCUGAGCAAAUGAAGGUGUUUGAGAGGGUCUCCCACAGUGCCAGGAAGGUGGUGGUUGCAACGAACAUUGCAGAGACUUCCAUUACUAUAAACGGGAUCUCCUUUGUGAUAGACUGUGGUUUUGUCAAGUUGCGAGCAUACGACCCCAAACGUGCUGUGGAGUCUUUGGUGGUAGUUCCUGUAUCACAGGCUUCAGCCAAUCAGAGAGCGGGACGAAGUGGCAGGAACCGUUCUGGGCAGUGCUAUCGGCUGUACACAGAGGAAGAUUUUCUAAAGCUGCCUCCUUCCACGGUACCAGAGAUGCAGAGAAGCAACCUUGCUCCUGUCAUAUUGCAACUUAAAGCACUUGGCAUAGACAAUGUGCUUCGUUUCCACUUCCUUUCGCCUCCACCCGCACAGUCGAUGGUUCAGGCCUUGGAGCUCUUGUAUGCAUUAGGAGGGCUAGACAAGCAUUGCCGACUAACCGAGCCUCUAGGGGUGCGUAUGGCUGAAUUUCCUCUUAACCCAAUGUUUGCCAAGAUGCUGCUUGAGUCUGGGAAUUUUGGUUGUUCAGCUGAGAUCCUAAGCAUUGCCGCAAUGAUGCAGAUUCAAAAUGUCUUUAUCGUCCCACCAAACCAGAAAUCGCAAGCGAUACGAGAACACCGGAAAUUUGCAGUGGAGGAAGGCGAUCAUCUUACCAUGCUAAACGUGUAUGAAGCUUUCAUCAAAUUUAACAAGAGCUCUCACUGGUGUCAGCAGCAUUUCCUGAACUACAAGGGGCUCAUGAGAGCAGUUACUGUCAGGGAGCAGCUGAAGAAACUUCUGAGCAAGUUCAAAGUUCCCAAGAAUUCCAGUGAAGGGGAUCCGGACCCCAUCCUGCGCUGCAUUGUAGCUGGGUUCUUUGCUAAUGCUGCUAAGCUCCAUUCCACUGGAGUCUACAGGACAGUGCGAGAUGGGCAUGAACUGCACAUUCACCCCACGUCGGUGCUGUACGCAGAGAAGCCUCCAAACUGGGUACUCUUCAGUGAGGUGGUUCAGACCAAUAAAUAUUACAUACGAGAUGUGACAGCUGUUGAGUCAGCAUGGCUUUUGGAACUGGCACCGCACUUCUACCAGCAUGGGACGCACCUCUCACAUACUUCUAAACGGGCCAAAAUAGACAAUUUGUGAGCUCCCCUUCCCCUUUGCACAGUCCUGCUGAUAAAGAGGCCGCCAACAACCACUGACAUCUUCUCAUCUUGGCUCUUCUAUGGAACUGCCCUUUGCCAAAACUUCCUCCAGUAAGAAGGAUGCUUCGUAACCUUCACCGCUCUGCAGGAUGGUUUCUUUCUGAGUCCAGCAAAAGUCAUAAACGUUCUUGUACCUGAACUCUACACGUCGGUGACAUUGUGCCCACCUGCACUCCUAGGCACAUCAAAGCUUCUAUAUACAGUAUAUAAAUAUGUGUGUAUAACAGAAAGCACUUUUAUUUUUUUAAGUUGUAAAUGAUGAACGAAAGUGGACACGGCCACAUGAAUGAUACCGGUAUAACACUAUCUCACCACUUUAGUGCCGUAACUGUGUCUGCUUGGCACGGUUACACCAUCUUUGCUAUGCACUUCUGAUGCUUGUGUCACCAUCUGCCCAUUGUGUAUCCUGUAUCUUACACCCUGUUUCAGCUAUUCCGUAUAAGGUUGACAUGCAGACCCCUUAUGGAUUGCCCUUUUCUGCCUAGUAAUGUGUAGGCGUAGCACAGAUACAGCUUUUUCACCCCAUAUGGGCACAAUGCCAGCCUUUAGUAGAACUAGCUUUAGGGCAAGGGAAAAAGGGCUUUUACAGAGGGCCUCUCAGCCAGAAAGUGUACUUGGUAAAAUUACAAUUUGCUUUUAAUAUUUGUAUCUGGAAUUUACAAUCUGUGGAAUGCUGCUGAGAGUUGGAUUUUAACAUGGGUAGACUCAGAUUUAGGAAACUCUUUCUAGGGCCCCUUUUCCCUAAUUCCGGCCCUAUAGCCUUUAAAAGACCAUUACUGUGUAUUAUAGCCCAGACCUAUCUUGUUCUUGUAAAUAACUGUACAUCAUCAGAGCGAUCUAAUAAACACAUAGGUAUCUCUUGUGUGUGCGAGGUUCUUGGUCUCAAGGCAUGCAAAGGACAUAAUGUAAUAAAAAUGACAAGAGUUUGCACCAGCUCUUGUAAUCCAUAACAACUAAUAAGUAGGUCGUCUUUUUUUGUUGCUAGAGCUGUAAAGAAAAAUAUCCUUUUACAGAUAAGCUUUUAAUAUCCCGUGAUUUAAAAAUAACAUCCAUGUACCUCUGGGCAGUUCAUAGUGUGUUUGCUGUAUGGUUCUGUGCUUGCCUUCAUACCCAAACAUGUGCUUAUUGAUCUUUUUAAGGGUAAUACUACAUGGACAUUUUUGGCGCAAUCCGACACGCGGCAAAGAAACGCCGGUGUCAAAUUGCAUGCGAUGGAAAUAAGGUAAGUAAUGGAAAUGUCGGAUGAAGUCGCAGAUGUUGAUCCAACGCAACACGGCUGUAGGAUGCAGACGCUGUUGCGUUAGAUCAACGCUGCAACACCAUGCGACAAUGCAUUCACUUACCUUAUGUCCGCCAUAUGCGAUUUGACGCCAGCGUUUUGUUGCAGUGUGUCUGAUCGUGCUGAAAACUUCCAUGUAGUCCUACCCUUAGUCUCUUAAACUCCCCUAUUACUUUGUUCCAUUCGAGACAGAGACCAGUGCUAAGCACAGGAUUAAUAGCUAUUGAUGAAUAAAAUUCCACAUGUUGUAAUGUGCUGGAACCUUUUGUACCACAUCAUAAUGCAAAUGUACAUGCCGUUAGCUGUAGUUAUAGGGGACACAUACUUACCAGUAUAACUUAAUAUAGCAUAAUACUGCCUCGGGUAUUCUUCUGAGCUCUUCUGUAAUUUAUUUAUUUUACAUUUCAUGAUAUUGGCUAUUUUACACUGCUAGUAUCAUGAAUGUGAAACAGGACGGUCUCCUGCUGUGUCCAUACAGAACGGCAAAUGCCUAAACAGUUGGCAGUGGCUCAUUCAGCUGGGGUUAUGGAAAAAACGGGCAACCAUUUUU